AUCAGCAGCCUGGCUUGGGGGAAGUGAGUAUAAAAGCCCCAAGCUGGGAGCGGCCAUCAUAGAGCCCACUAGUUCUCGACAGGAUGGCUUCCCAGCGCCUGCUCCUCCUAUGCCUUGCUGGACUCGUAUUUGUUUCUGAGGCUGGCCCUACGGGCCAAUCCAAGUGUCCUCUGAUGGUCAAAGUCCUGGACGCUGUCCGAGGCAGUCCUGCUGUCAACGUGGAUGUAAAGGUGUUCAAAAAAGCUGCUGAUGAAACCUGGGAACCGUUUGCCUCUGGGAAAACCAGUGAAUUUGGAGAGCUCCAUGGGCUCACCACUGAGGAGAAAUUUGUAGAAGGGGUAUACAAAGUGGAAUUAGACACCAAAUCCUACUGGAAGGCACUUGGCAUUUCCCCAUUCCAUGAAUAUGUAGAGGUGGUGUUCACAGCCAACGACUCCGGGCAGCGCCGCUACACCAUCGCAGCCCUGCUCAGCCCCUACUCCUACUCCACCACAGCCCUCGUCAGUGACCCCAAGCAAUGAAGGACGCCUCCUGCUGUGGCUGGGCAGAGGGGCAGGAUUUCAUGUAACCAAUAGUAUUCCAUUUUUAUUAAAGCAGUGUUUUCACUUUAUAAGCUAUGUUAUAAACUCAGGCAGAAACAAUAAAACAUUCCUUUUAA